GUUGUUAUAAUAUGUAUAAUUGUGAUUGUUUUUUUUUUGUACAACCGAAUUUCAGACAUAGCUGUGAAUCACAUUUCAAAAUUGUCAAAACCAAGUAUAUUUACUGUCCAAUCCACUAAUGACCACUAUAGAAAAGAUUUACUGCCCGCCGGACCACAGAGUAGUAGAGAUAGCAGAUACACCUAAACUCCUUGGUCAAAACUAGCGACCUCUUUGCUCCGUGACCGGCGGUGUUGACUGUUGACAUUUAUGUUUUCUGUGGUUUAUAUAUACGCACUAUCCAGAAUGGUCAUUUCCACUUUAAUUCACGGGCAGCGAUGAUAAAUAUUGAUGAUUUUUAUCACACUGUGGCGGUCGAAAUCAACUGUGAGCACCUGUUUGUAUUGCUUUUUCUGCGGUACAUCUCAAUCGAUCAGUGGUUUUCAUCAUCGUCAUAGUCCGAGACAAUCAUUGGACAUUGAGUAAAAUCAAAAUGAAUAAUCAAGAGUUAGAUCAAGACAACAACAAAAAUAAAGAACCUCAGAUAAGUAUUGAACUAGAUGAUAGUGUAAUUAAAGCUCCACUAUCAACCUUUAAUAAUACUAUGGAAUGUUUAACCACUGAACGUAUCUUGAAAAAACAGAAUAACGAGAAGAAUAUUAUUGGCCUACAUGAUUUGGAACAAAUAGAGUGUUUUAAAAAAAAAUAUGAAUUAUUUGGGACUCAAUUCAAAGCAUUAGAAUCUAUUGAAACAAAAUUGGAGAGAAAUUUAAAAAGAAAUAAGUUUGCACAACCAAAGAGGUGUCAUCUUUUUUCGUGUAGACAACAAAGUAAACUAUCUACGAUAGUGAAAAUGUAA